AGCCUCCUGGCUCACAGGAGUGUUCGAACAUCCGGGGUCGUGAACUCACGGAACUCUGCGCGACCGAGACAAAUCGCGGCGCGAGAUGUGGCUCCGCGUCUUCGCCGCGGUGCUGGGGCUGCUGGUGGCGCGCUUCCUCACUGCGUGCUUCGUGCAGGCCCCAGCCUCGAGCUCCGUCCGGUCGCGCCUGGUGCCCCGAGCUCCCCGGGUGGAGCCUGCAGCUUCGGCGACGGGUUCGGCCGCCUCGGCGUCUGCUGCGCUGCCGUGGCUGGUCUUGGCAGGUGUGGGCGUCGCGGCAGGAGCUUCCCGCAAGGCCAAGACCGCGCGCAAGUCCUCGCUGAUCGCGACGCGCCCAGAUCAGGCACUCCCAUGGUGGGAGCGCUUGUCCAAGCCAACUAUCGAGCCGGGCAUCGGCAUUUGGGCGGAGAAGUUGAACAUGACCACCAUCUUUCAAGAGGAGGAGGGCAAUGUGAAGGCAGUCCCUGCGACCAUCUUGGUGGUCAAGCGAGGUGGCAACAUGAUCACCAACAAGCGGUGGCCAGAGAAGCACGGGCAUUACUCGGUGCAGGUGGGCUAUGAGCGGUACACCCCAGAUGAGGCUGAGAAGAAGACCCGCAAAAUGCUCCAGAUUCAGCGCCUGGCGCGCAACGAGUGCCCGCCCUUGCGGAAAAUCAAGGACUUCCGCGUCAGGCCGCACGACUGGAUGAAGUGGGAGGUGGGACAAAAGGUUUGGCCCUCCGACUUCCUGGAGGAGGGUGACCUCAUUGACGUGCACGGCUGGGCCAAGGGCAAGGGCUUCGCAGGGCGCAUCAAGAGGUGGGGCGGAAAGAUCGGGCCCAUGACCCACGGCUCCAAGCAUCACAGGAGAGAGGGUUCCAUUGGUGCAGCACGACCCAAGCGCGUGUUGCCGGGCAAGAAGCGAGCUGGCUGGAUUGGUGCUUGCAAGAGCAUUGCCCACAACUUGAAGAUUCUCAAGAUCAUGGAUCACAUUGAUGAGGAGAACAUGCCCGAAUCUGUCAUCGUAGUCAAGGGCACUGUUCCCGGCUAUACCGCCCACUGGACGAGCGGCGGCUCCUACGUGUGGCUGCACAAGAAGAAGAAUCGCAAUGAUGGACGCUUUAAGCGUGAUCCCGUGUGGCUCUGGUUCUACCACAAGGGAGAAGGUGUGGACCCUCUGGUGCCGAUCAAGGAGAAGGCCUGGACCUGGAAGACCAUGUGGGGCCGCGACCUGCGGUGGCUCACCACGGAAGUGAAGAAGCACUGGCCCGACGGCUUCCCAGGCUAUGACCACAUCAUGGAUCCUUUCUACGACGACUGCGACCCCCACAUUGCGCUGAAAGCGCCUGAGUGGUAGAUCGGCCAAGGCGAAUUUGAGAUGAGCGCUUGGAG